UUCACAUUCAUUCGUAAAUACCAAAUUAGCCUCAGUGUCCGAGACUGAUAUCUGCUGCGGAGUGCUGUGAUUUGGUCUGACGGCGAGCUUUGCACUGUUGCACUUGUACCAUGGCAGCUGAGCUCUCCACCUCCAUAAACAUUAAAGAGCCACGCUGGGAUCAGGGAACAUUUGUGGGUCGAGCAAAGCAUUUCUUCACUGUCACAGACCCGAGAAACAUCCUCCUGUCAAAUGAACAAUUAGAAAAAGCACGUCAGAUUAUUCUGGAUUACAAAAAAGGGGUGGUAACACCAGGUCUGACAGAAGAUGAGCUAUGGAGGGCAAAAUAUGUUUUUGACUCAGCAUUCCAUCCAGACACAGGCGAGAAAAUGCUCCUGAUUGGUCGCAUGUCUGCUCAGGUCCCCAUGAACAUGACCAUCACUGGAUGCAUGAUGACGUUCUACAGAACAACUCCAGCAGUUCUGUUCUGGCAGUGGAUCAAUCAGUCUUUUAAUGCAAUAGUCAAUUAUACCAACAGGAGCGGAGACGCUCCCAUCACAGUAAACCAGCUUGGUACAGCAUAUGUAUCUGCCACCACAGGAGCCGUGGCUACUGCUUUAGGAUUAAAUGCAUUAGCAAAGCAUGUGUCUCCACUCAUAGGACGCUUUGUUCCUUUCGCUGCUGUAGCUGCUGCUAACUGUAUUAAUAUUCCACUCAUGAGACAACGGGAGCUCAAACACGGCAUUCCAAUAACAGAUGAGAACGACAAUCGGUUAGGAGAAUCUUCAAGGGCAGCUCAACAGGCCAUCACACAAGUGGUGGUUUCCAGAAUCCUCAUGGCCUCUCCGGGAAUGGCCAUCCCUCCAUUUUUAAUGAACUCUUUGGAAAAGAAGGCCUUUCUCAAGAGGUUUCCAUGGAUGAGUGCACCCAUUCAAGUUGGCUUGGUUGGGUUCUGCCUCGUGUUUGCAACCCCAUUGUGCUGUGCGCUGUUCCCACAGAAGAGCUCUAUGGCAGUGAGCCGUUUGGAACCAGAGCUGCAGGAGAAGAUUCGAGCCAGUCAUCCUGGAGUAGAAACUGUCUACUUUAACAAAGGACUGUAAAGACAAACGUUGGUGAAUCUGCUCUCUACUGUAAUGGUUUCACGUACCAUCUCAAACAUCUCUUUGUGUGCCAAAGUUCACCCGUUCCUCUCCAGGACAUCCUGACUCAGUCAUUUUGUAAGAUGUUUUUACAUUUUAAUUGAUUAUAAGCUCAAUCCUCAUUGUCUUUGCUGAUCUUUGCCAAACUUUUGUCUGGGAUGUGUAUGACGGUGCAUACUACUCUAUUUACAUGUAGUAUUUUUUUUUUAUUUUAAUGUCUAAAAUUACUUUGUUUGCUGCCAGAUUAUUCCAUGUGCCAUUCAAUGUCGUUAAGGAUCAAACAUGGCUGGUGUUGACCUUGUUUUUCUUUUCCGUUGAUCUGUAUUGCAUUGUUGUUGUCAGUGUUUUGUUUUUAUCUCUUCAUGACGAUUGCAGUUUAUACGUUACUGCCAAAUUUCAUUUCAAGACAAAUCAAGGGACCUCUUAAUGACAAUAGUGCAAUCCGUUGAAAAAGUUGCCAAAUACAAACCUCUGCUGCACAUUUCCUUAGAUGCAGGUUUAAUAAACCGAUAAAAUACAGCAUGGGUUUUAAAAAGAGUUUUAUCUAUUUUACUAUUCUCAGUAUUUGAGUUUAACUAGAACGUUGUACAAGAAUAGCGCACAUGUUCAUAUAAUUUGCCUGUCGACAGUGCAUGAACAAACUUUUUUGUAAAUGAAAUAGUGUGAGUUAAAGUUCAACGUGUUCUCAUUGACUGUUCCAAAGUUCAGUCCUCUAGCAGUUCAAGGUAACACAUACUGUUUUUCACUACAAACUUAUCAAACCUGCAUCUGUUUUCUAUUUAAUGAAAACUCAUUUACUUCAGUCCAUCACAAAAACUAUUUUCAUGUGCCAUAUUUUGUUCCUUUUUAAGGUAACACACAGCGGUCUACAACAUUAGACAUACCAGAAUAUCUAGAUCUAACAAUAUAGAGGUUAAUGACUAAUGGAAGCUAAUGUGUCACUUUCUGUAUCUUUUAAAGAAAAGACACAGUCCAAAUAGUAUUUUUUUUAUUAUAAAAUAGUGUGACUUUUCCUUUUAUGAAGUGCAACAUUGCCUUUUCCCGUUUGCCAUCGACACUACAUGGCCAAAGUACAUGGACAGUUUCUUUGAAUUAACAGGUUUGGCUAUUUCAGUCGUUUAUGAUGACAAGUAUUAAUGCAACUGCAUAAAGAGAAAAAAAAACAAAAAAAAACAACAAUAAUCCAUAAGCAAUUCACACAACUCCAGUCCAUCAAUUAUUAUCUUGUGAAGUGAAAAGCUGUAUGUUUGUAAGUAACAAAUCCAUCUUCAGACAGGACUUUUUCAAUGCAAUAUUAUGGAUAAAGACAUGGAAUAACAGCUAUUACAAACAGGUUUUUUCUUCACAAGACUGGACUGGAGUCGUGUGGAUUACUUGUGAAUUAUUGUGAUGUUUUUAUCAGCUGUUUGAACUCUCAUUCUGACGGCACCCAUUCACUGCAAAGGAUUCACUGGUGAUCAAGUGAAAUAAUGCUAAAUUUCUCCAAAUCUGUACACUGUAAAAAACAAUUUGUUGAGUCAACUUAAAAUAAUUUGUAACCUGGCUGCCUUAAAAUUUUAAGUUCAGUCAACUCAAAAAAAGUUUAUUCAACUUGAAAUGUUAAAAUAUACAAAGUGACAACUUAGAUAUCUGAGUUGAAUCAACUUAAAAUUUUAAGGCAGCUGGGUUACUUACUCAUCUGUUAAGUUUAGCAAACACAAAUAUCUAAGUUGUUACUUAGUACAACUUAACAUUUCAAGUUGACUAAACUUAUUUUAGUUGACUGAACUUAAAAUUUUAAGGCAGCAGGGUAACAAAUUAUUUUAAGCUGAGUCAACAAAAUGUGUUUUUUAUUUUUUACAGUGUACUGAUGAAAAAACAAAGGUGCCCAAAUUUCAUUUGAGUGAACUAUUCCUUUAAUGCAACUGCAUAUAAUGACACUCUAUAGAACUGUAUGUUAAACUUAAUGCCCAAGAUCCACAAAGAACUGACUUACCACCUUUUUGAAAUGAGAUGACUGGUUUACACAAAGCCCUGUCCUUUAGGAUGAAUUGUAAUGCAGACUGUGAACCAGUUCCCAUCACUGCAACACUUGUGGAAAGCCUUCCUAGAAGAGUUUGGAGCAAAUGAAUCAAUUAAUGCUUACUGUUUCAAAUUAGGAGUUCAAAAUGAGAACAGUGUUUGGGUGUCCAUGUAUUUUUGGCUAUGUUAUGUAUUUUUAAAUUUAAUGAUGUUAAUCUUGACUAAGUCUCCAUGUGUUGAGGUACUUUAGUAUGUUUAAUGUUUAAUAUGUAAUCUACUAAGAGAGCAAGAUAGUUCUCAGUUGUGUGGUGAGCGCUCUGAUCUUUGUUGUUGUGAGAUGUGCCACAUGUAUUCAGUUUCUGAAUGUAGUGUUGGCAGUAAUGAAAUCAAACUGAGAGCAUGUACAUUUCUGUGGAUAUACUGCUGGUUAUGUUGGUAGCCACCCUUUGUUUUUGUUUUAAUUGUGAUGAAAGCACAACAGUUCUUGUUCUUCAAGAUUCCCUGAAGGUUUCUAGCAUUAUGCAUCAUGUAUCUCUGAAAGAUGAUGGGUAGGGACUUUUUGGUGUUUAUAAUUUGUUUAAUAUUAUUUUGUGGCUAGAUCAGGGUCGCCAGCGUCACUAAUAUUCACAGGGCCCGGGACAAAAUGUUCAAAAUUUAUUUUCUUCGUCCCCCCUCAGUGAUGGCCCUAGGUGCUCAGAUAUUUUCUAUUCCAUUUGAAAUAUAAAUGAAAUGAAUUCAUAACUGCUGCAACCUAACAGCUGCUGGAUUGUUCAGGAGAAUCACAACAGCAUUGUAGCCAUGAGGAUGUUUCGACAGGAAUUUACAGUACACCUGUUCUUUUUGACCUUAACUGUAACUGUAUGCUAAGUGAAACGCAGUGUUUUCCUGGACAAGAAUACAUUCCCUUGUGCACUGUUUGUUUCCUGAUCCCAUAUUAUGUAUUCAAUAACUCAAGACAUCUGCAUACUUGGAACAAAAUGGGAAUACUCUGAGGUGACUGGUGUGACUCAAUGGUCUGCUCUUAAAAUGAACAAGCCGCUCUGAUUCGUACAAUAAUUUGUUUACAGUUAAUGAGAUGGGAGUACGAUUUUCAAGAUGAAUAUUUUAAAAGUGUUUCUUAUUUUACAGUAAAUGGGGAUAUUGUACUGUGUAGAUUACACUGUACUGUGUGGAUUACCUAAAUGAAAUAAAGAGUAUUGAGCAAUGGA